UGAGACGCUCAGUUCGAAGAGUAUCGCAGCUCAGAGUCACAAGAUUCAUAAUCUACCAGCCAUGGAAAGGACUUAUUUUUCACAAGAUCCAGAGAUAAUCAUUGAACAAAUGAGCGUGCGACAUCUAUUUUGGGUCAAGGUCAAAGGUUACUUCCGAAAAGAUGUACUGAUGAUUUUGACAUUGACUGGGAUCAUUUUGGGAUUUGCUCUGGGAUUCGGGAUCAGGGAGCUGCACCCGUCCAAGGAUGCCAUAAUGUGGAUGGGUAUGCCAGGAGAACUGUUUCUGCGCGUGCUUCGUCUGAUGGUUCUCCCGUUAAUUGUAUGCAGUGUCAUAUCAGGCACAGCGUCAAUGGACCCCAGAUCUAACGGUAAAAUCAGCCUCACGGCGUUCCUGUUCAUCGCUGCAACCAACGUGCUCGCCAGCGGGUUAGGUGUGGUGCUCUGUGUCGUCAUUCAACCAGGAGUUGGUGCCACUCACGCCACACAGAUUAACAAAACGGGCAGCAUGGAAACCCAAGAUAUAUUUGCAGACCUCUUGAGAAACAUUGUACCUGACAACAUGGUUGAAGCAACGUUUAAACAGGCUCAGACACAGUAUUCAAGGGAGAUCAUUCACAGAGCGCGAAAUACGACAAACGGAACGGUCAUAGAAUCAUUGUUGGUCGUGUCUAAGUCUUUAGGAAAGGUCGACAGUGUAAAUGUUCUUGGUUUGAUUUUAAUAUGUACAAUCCUCGGUGUGGCUGCCCAUUCGGUGAAAGAUCACGCUCAAGUAUUUUUGCAGUUCUUUUCGGGUUCUACUGAAAUCAUACUGGUCAUCAUAAGGAAACUGUUUUGGAUCGCUCCUCUUGGUAUAGCCAGUCUGGUGGCCGCGGCCAUUGCGGGAAUCACGGACAUUGUCGAAGUGUUUUCUCACCUCGGGUUCUUCGUGUUGGCCGUCACUGUGGGAAUUCUUAUCCACUCGUUUAUCGUUCUUCCCGUGAUUCUGGUCGUCCUCACGAGACAAAACCCGUUUGCGUUCCUCGUUUCCAUCAUUAGACCCUUGUUAAUUGGAUUCGCUACAACAGCUACAGCUGUAGCGAUACCUGAAAUGCUCAACUCUUGCGAGGAAAAGAACAAAAUUGACAAAAGAUUGGCUCGUUUCGUAGUUCCUUUCUGCGUGACCUUGAACGCCGACGGAAGCGCCCUCUACAUUACGUCAGCAGCAAUUUUCAUUGGUCAGACUGUAUUUGGAUCAGUUUCCAUCAGUGACGCCGUUGUGAUUUGGAUUCUAACAUCUGUUGCUGCAUUUGCCAUUCCGUCCGUGCCGAGUGCAAGCAUAGUGACGUUAUUGAUCAUAUUGACGUCACUGGGCUAUCCGACCAAUGGGAUAUCUCUCUUGUUCGCUGUGGAAUGGUAUCUGGAUCGUAUCAGAACGUCAUGUAACGUCAUAAGUCACACGUUUUGCACGGCUGUGUCAUAUAGAUUCUGUAAGAAAGACUUGCAGCACGUUGAGCAGAGAGAAAAUCAUGAAGAAACCGCAGUGCUUUGAUAUUCCUUUGUGUAUUUUAUUUGGGGUGUCCCCUAUAUAUUUAUCAUUAAAACACAACUAUAGUGACAGACGCGUGCGCGCGCACAUAUAAACAGGGCAUAAAAUUUGGUACGAACGAUUUUGUCGUUCGUCUAUCGGUUAUGCAAAACCAAUAUCAACACAAACGACGGAUCGUUCGUGCAAAUGCUGUAAUUGCUCGUCAGAAAAUCCAAACAAACGUAUGUUGGCUAAUAUCAAUGUUUUGGAAAACUGCGUGCAGUGGGAAAUCCCUGACCUAGAUGUACGUGCUUGAUGUACCAAUCUGAUUAAAAUUAGCUCUACUGGUCUACCAGUAGAUCUAACAGAAUUGCGUGGACUCCCAUGUCCAGGUGACAUUUCAUCUAGAAAUAACAAUUUAAAUAUCGACCAAUUACACUUCGC